UCCACAGCAGAAGGAGAUUUGUGCAGAAGAAGAAGUCUAUCAUACUCACGCGUGCUUUCAGUAAAUAAGUGGAGAGAUAUGGCGGGUCUGGAGCUGCUGUCGGAUCAGGGUUACCGACUCGAUGGACGGAAAGCGGCCGAGCUGCGGAAGGUGCAGGCCCGCAUGAGUGUGUUCGCGCAAGCCGACGGGUCCGCCUAUCUGGAGCAGGGCAACACUAAAGCUCUCGCCGUGGUGUAUGGACCACAUGAGAUUCGAGGCUCUCGCAGUAAAUCCUUGCAUGAUCGCGCCAUCAUCAACUGUCAGUACAGCAUGGCCACGUUCAGCACCGCUGAGAGGAAGAGACGUCCACACGGGGACCGGAAGUCCAGCGAGAUGAGCCUCCACCUCAAGCAGACCUUUGAGGCUGCAGUGCUCACUGAGCUCUACCCACGCUCACAAAUCGACAUCUACGUCAAGAUCCUGCAGGCGGACGGUGGAAACUACAGCGCGUGUGUCAAUGCAGCUACAUUGGCUCUAGUGGACGCUGGGAUCCCCAUGCGUGAUUAUGUGUGUGCGUGCAGCGCUGGGUUUGUGGAGGACACACCGCUGGCAGAUCUGUGUCACGCAGAGGAGAGCGGUGGAGGAACGGCGCUAGCUCUGGCUUUGCUGCCUCGUAGUGGAAAUAUUGCCCUGCUGCAAAUGGACGCCCGGCUCCAUCAGGACCACCUGGACACACUGAUGGAGGCGGCCAUGACGGCGUGCAAAGAGUUCAGUAAAGUUCUGGACAGUGUUGUGCGGCAGCAUCUAGAGGAGGUUUCAGAUCUGACCAGAGACUGAGAUGGAGAGCAGAUUAGAUGGAAAUGUAUGGAGUCAGAUCAGUCUCAAAAUUAAUACGUUUACACAAUCCAAUUAAAUUGAAAACGUGUUUCGAAAAUACACAAAUCCAAUUCAUUUGGUGAAAAUAUUUACGAUUUUUACUUUUGAGUUCACGAAUUGUGUGUUGUAUUAAUGAAUUGUUUUGAAUUUACAAAUUGGAUUUUGUACGUAAUUAACAUAUUUCAGAUAUAAGUUCUCCCCUGUAAAAUGAUGAUGUGAUGCUAGAUUCUGACGUCAUUUACAAAAAGUAUGUAGGCUAUCUAAGGAAGUUAAAGCGCUGGUAGUUCCCCUUUACUAUAUGAGAACUAUGACUGGAUCUAACGUGUCUUAACAAGUUCAUGUUUGGACAUUUGAUUGUUUCCUGGUCGCCAAUGUGGAAUUUAAAGCACAGUUUUUUUCACCGGAACUAGUUAACUGAACAGUAGUGGAAAAAAAACAAAAUGAAAAGGGAGGAUGGAUGCUACUCACCUGACGGAGGUGAAUUGUGUUGUGCAUGCAGGGCCAGCGUGUCCAUAGAGGCGACCUAGGGUGGCAAAUGCGCGACAAUCCACCACCCCACCCACCCGUCCUCUCUCUCAUCCGUGACAUCACAACAUCCUGUCCCAACUUUCAUCCGUGACACAAUCCCCCCCCCCCCCCCCC